AUGUUUCCGUUCCGCACAGUCGAACACAAAGUGCCAUGUCAAUAUAUUCGCGAAUACCCUCAAGCGCUAGCAAACGAGCAGGAAGACACGCUCCAUCUGGCCGUCAAGCAGUACAUUCCUCUCGACAACCCUCAUCCCCGACCAGGCGACGUCACCAUCAUCGCCGCACCGGGCAAUGCGUUCCCCAAAGAACUCUACGAGCCUCUCUGGGAGGAUUUAUCGCGGGUCCUCCUCGCAUCGAAAGCAUCAGUCCGGAUCCGAAGCAUCUGGAUCGCCGAUGUCGCCAGCCAGGGCGCCAGCGGCGUGUUGAAUGAGGACCUCCUCGGCGACGAUCCAAGCCAUUCAGACUAUGCCCGCGACAUCGUGAACCUCGUCAACAUCAAGCGUGAGGAGAUGCCUCGGCCCAUCAUCGGUAUAGGACACAGCAUGGGCGGACUGUACCUUGUCUCGGCAUCACUCUACCAUCCCCGACUCUUCACGACUCUCGUUCUCCUCGACCCGGUCGUCCAGCCGCGCCUCGUCGAGACGAAAGCCGGCACCAUCGACUUCCGUCCCUUACAGUUUGCCCUCUUCCGCCAGCGUGCCUGGCCUUCUCGAGAAGCCGCGGCCGCCGACCUCGCGCGCUCUCCGUUCCACAAGUCAUGGGACCCGCGAGCGUUGGACCGCUGGGUCAAGUACGGCGUUCGCGAGGUGUCCGUCGCUCCCGAGAGCUCGAACAGGGACGAGGGCCCGGGCAGAGAUAUAACAACGGCAGCAGCAGCACCGGCAGCACCCACACCCGCCGCCGUCGUCCUUACCACGCCGCCGUCCCAAGAAGCCUUCGCGCUCUUGCGGCCCAACUUUGACGGCUACGGCGUGGACGGCACCCCGGUGAACCAGAAAACCCAUCCAGACCUGGACCCCAAGUGGAGACACAUCUACCCCUUUUAUGGGCCUGCGUUCACCCGGGCCUUUGAACGGCUGGGCGAACUACGCCCCCCCACGCUGUACGUCUUCGCGAGCGACUCGUCGAUAUCCGACGCCAGGCUCAACGCCGAAAAGCUCGCUGCCACGGGCACGGCGGUGGGCGGCAGUGGCGGCGUGGCAGCAGGGCGAGUGGAGGGUGUCACUUUCGACGGCGUCGGACACUUGAUACCGAUGGAAGCUCCGCGGCGCACGGCCGAGGUGGUGGCGGACUGGCUUGACCGGCAGCUGAGCCUCUGGAAGAAGGACGAAGGCGAGUUUCGGAGCAUGUGGCACGCCAAAUCGAAAAGCCAGAGGCAAGAGGUCGACGCGCGGUGGGUCGACAUGGUCGGAGGUGUCCCUGGGAACACAAAAGGGAAGAAUGGCCGUAGUGUUGGCAGCAACAGUAAGAUUUAG